UGUUGUCAUGUUCUUCUCGGAACAUUGCCUCUUUUUUCUUCUUCUGAAAGAGAGUAACCUGACGCCUACGAAAUGGAAAUCUAAGAGUGGCUUUAAGGGUCAACAGGCGCCACGUUCCACGUUUUUCCGGAUCGGACAGAUGCGCAACGUGGACCUGGACGAUGAGCUGCUGGACCCGGACUCGGAGCCCCCUCACCCGUUCCCCAGGGAGAUCCCGCACAAUGAGAAGCUCCUGUCCCUCAAGUACGAGAGCCUGGACUAUGACAACAGUGAGAACCAGCUCUUCCUGGAGGAGGAGCGGCGGAUCAACCACACGGCCUUCCGCACGGUGGAGAUGAAGCGCUGGGUGAUCUGCGCCAUGAUCGGGAUCCUCACGGGCCUCGUGGCCUGCUUCAUCGACAUCGUGGUGGAGAACGUGGCCGGCCUCAAGUACAGGGUGGUCAAGGACAACAUCGACAAGUUCACGGAGCGCGGCGGGCUGUCCUUCUCCCUGCUGCUCUGGGCGACCCUCAACUCCGCGUUCGUGUUCGUGGGCUCCGCCAUCGUCGCCUUUGUGGAGCCGGUUGCUGCCGGCAGUGGGAUCCCCCAGAUCAAGUGCUUCCUCAACGGGGUGAAGAUCCCGCACGUGGUCCGGCUCAAGACCCUCGUGAUCAAGGUGUCUGGAGUGAUCCUGUCCGUGGUGGGCGGACUGGCGGUGGGAAAGGAGGGGCCGAUGAUUCACUCGGGCUCCGUGAUCGCCGCCGGCAUCUCCCAGGGGAGGUCCACCUCGCUGAAGCGGGACUUCAAGAUCUUCGAGUACUUCCGCAGAGACACGGAGAAGCGGGACUUCGUCUCAGCAGGAGCCGCGGCCGGAGUGUCCGCUGCCUUCGGAGCCCCCGUGGGUGGGGUCCUGUUCAGCUUGGAGGAGGGCGCCUCCUUCUGGAACCAGUUCUUGACGUGGAGAAUAUUCUUCGCGUCCAUGAUCUCCACAUUCACCCUCAACUUCGUCCUGAGCAUCUACCACGGGAACGUGUGGGACCUGUCCAGCCCGGGGCUCAUCAACUUCGGGAGGUUUGACACGGAGACGAUGGUGUACACGAUCCACGAGGUCCCCAUCUUCAUCGCCAUGGGCGUGGUGGGCGGUGUUCUUGGGGCCGUGUUCAAUGCCUUGAAUUACUGGCUGACCAUGUUUCGAAUCAGGUACGUCCACCGGCCCUGCCUCCAGGUGAUCGAGGCCAUGCUGGUGGCUGCCGUCACUGCCACGGUCGCCUUCGUGCUGAUCUACUCGUCGCGGGACUGCCAGCCCCUGCAGGGCAGCUCCGUGUCCUACCCCCUCCAGCUCUUCUGUGCCGACGGCGAGUACAACUCCAUGGCCACCGCCUUCUUCAACACCCCUGAGAAGAGCGUGGUCAGCCUUUUCCACGACCCUCCAGGCUCCUACAACCCCAUGACGCUGGGUCUCUUCACCCUGGUCUACUUCUUCCUGGCCUGCUGGACCUACGGGCUCACGGUGUCCGCUGGCGUCUUCAUCCCGUCCCUGCUCAUCGGGGCCGCCUGGGGCCGGCUCUUCGGGAUCGCCCUGUCCUACGUCACCGGGGCCGCGAUCUGGGCGGACCCUGGCAAAUAUGCCCUGAUGGGAGCAGCUGCCCAGUUGGGUGGGAUCGUGAGGAUGACACUCAGCCUGACAGUCAUCAUGAUGGAGGCCACCAGCAAUGUCACCUAUGGCUUUCCCAUCAUGCUGAUCCUGAUGACCGCCAAGAUCGUGGGGGACAUUUUCAUUGAGGGCCUGUACGACAUGCACAUCCAGCUGCAGAGCGUGCCCUUCCUGCACUGGGAGGCCCCUGUCACCUCACACUCGCUCACAGCCAGGGAGGUGAUGAGCACGCCGGUCGUCUGCCUGCGGAGGAGGGAGAAGGUGGGCGUCAUCGUGGACGUGCUCAGCAGCACGGCGUCCAGCCACAACGGCUUCCCCGUGGUGGAGCUAGCCGACGACAGCCAGCCGGCCCGGCUCCAGGGCUUGAUCCUGCGCUCCCAGCUGAUCGUCCUCCUGAAGCACAAGGUGUUCGUGGAGCGGGCCGGCAUGGGCCUGGUGCAGCGGCGGCUCCGGCUGAAGGACUUCCGGGACGCCUACCCGCGCUUCCCCCCGAUCCAGUCCAUCCACGUGUCGCAGGACGAGCGGGAGUGCAGCGUGGACCUCUCCGAAUUCAUGAACCCCUCGCCCUACACGGUGCCCCAGGAGGCGUCCCUCCCUCGGGUCUUCAAGCUGUUCCGUGCGCUGGGCCUCAGGCACCUGGUGGUGGUGGACAACUGCAACCAGGUGGUUGGGCUGGUGACCAGGAAGGACCUUGCCAGGUACCGGCUCGGGAAGGGGGGCCUGGAGGAGCUCUCCCUGGCCCAGACGUGAGCCGCAGCCCCUCACCGGGGCCCCCACUUCACCCCCUGGGGCAGCAGGGGACCCAGCAUCUCCCGUUCCUCGGGACGCACGUGUGUCUGUGUUUGUGCGCCUGUGAGUUCGGGGUCGAGUCGGGCCUGUGGGUCCCGGUGCUGCUGGCCCGCAGGGCAGGGCCCUCUGCUGCUUGUGUGCCGUCCGCCCCCUGCGGGCCGGCCCAGAAGGACCACGCUGUGCAUCACCAGCUGGGGCCCAGGAGACAUGCGGCUGCUGCAGAGACCCGUGGCCCUUUCCCUUCAGCUCAUUCGGUGGCCGUGAGGCGAUGGGCCUGGGCACCAGACCCUGCCUGGCAAAGGCCCCAGCUGGACUCCUGGCGGCGGGGCCCUGGAGCGUGGACCCUGCGGCCAGCUCUGGGGGGAGUUCAGCUGUUCUGCCACACUCACCGCAUGACCCCUCCGGGGUCUUGGCCAGAGAGAAGGCUUGAACAUCCGUGGGGCGAACGCCUCCGUCACCCAGACCUGCGGCCCAGACCAGACCCGAGGCUGUCACUGGAGCGCACGGCACUGAAAGAGGCCCUCUCUUCGCGGCCUCCGCGGACCCUUGGUCCGGCCGUGCUCCAAGCCCGGGGCGGGUGGGCUCGGGGACAGCCGGCGAGCCCGGAGCCAGGAUGCAGUGUGCUGCCCAGGCUCCAUGGGGCAGAUCUGGUGUCCUGUGUCCCCGGGGCCUGCUUGAGGCUAGGUGGCAGGGGCGAAUAGUGGCAGCUGGCUGCUUCACCUUGGUUCUGGCCCCUUUCAAGGGGGUGGGAGCUCGGACAGUUGGUCCCUUCCUGGUAGGAGCCCCCUGGGGGACAGCUCUGAAAGAGAAAUAAAGGACUCGCACCCUCACAGCCUCCCUUGUUGCGGCCCGGCCCCGGCCCAGCAGCGGGGGUUUGCGGGGCCACGGAGGGUGGGGGUGUCGGAUGGGCCCCUGGACAUGCAGUGCGGGGACCCAACAGGGAGCAGGGAAGGCACCAGACGCAGAAAUGCACAGGUGAGGAAGCGGGUGGGGCCGACCCGCGCCUGCGGGGCGCGCUGGUGCCAGCUGCUGGCCAGCGCGGGGCCGGUGUGGCUGUUUCCUGCCCCUGGGCCCUUGGUCUGGACGCUGCUUCGGCCAUAAGGGGGGUGGUGUGGCCACAGGUAGGGGCCUGUCAUGGCAGCUUUGGAAAGGUCCUCAGACACGGCGUUGAAUUUGGAGUGUUCACCUUGUGCCCCACACGGGCUUGGCGGACUGGGCAGGGGGAGCACAGAGCCGGGCUGGGAGGACCUGGUGCGGGAAUUGUGGGCGUCACGGUUUGCGUUGAUGACACAUUGAAGCCACCACACGUUCCCCAGGUGGGAUGAAAUAAAACACACUAUGGAAACGUG